AUGUCACUCUGCAUCUAUUGUGGCUUUCCCCACGCGGAGGAUAGACAUCAGUGCGAGGCGCUGCACGAAAUCGCCCGCUCUAUCCAUGUCGACCUGAAACCGCGGCAACUCUUCUUGGGCGACGGCGGGCGCGUGGUGCUCAACGACUUCAACAGCGCCAAGGUCACGAGCACGAGCCCCUCUACCGGGAUGCCUUGUCCAGCAAGAUGGAGCAAACGCAACAAGCUCGCCCCUCGGCCGUCGCCGGAAAAUUACGCCGGACAGCCCUUGACGUUCUCGGUGGACGUCUACAGCAUGGGAAUUAUAUUCUACGCUCUUAUCGCGGGGAGGCUGCCAUUCACGAAACAGGGUGUGCAGCUGGUUCGCAUGAGCACAGCCAGGCCCGAGAUGGCACCAUGGUGGCACAAAGGCUACACGCAGGUCAUCCAAGAUAUGUGGGCGCGCGACCCGGACAAGAGGCCGUCUGCCGGAGAAGUCGUCGAGCGCUUGGAACACAUCUUGGAAGAGCUUGGUGCUACCCCGAGCUUCUCGCUGGGAAGCGAAACACGCGACGAACAGCGCUACACGUAG